GUAAACGCUAAGCCCUUCUAGCUCCACCACCCAUCGAAAGUUUCUCGAAGCUCUGUUCAAACAUCUCCAAGAAACCACAUCCAAUCCCACAAGUACAAACCCCCCAGAUAACCCAUCCCCCAGCAUCUCGUCAUGGACUCGCGAGCCGUCCUCCGUCAAAUCCUUCGCGCACCGCACGCGUACCGCACCUCGUUUCUCACCACCCCAACGCGUCCCCAAACCCGCAACUUUGCGCUCCUGUCCCCAGAAUUGCAGCACCAGCGGUACAUCUCCGCCCCGCGCAUCCUGCAGCCGAGUUUCUGGGCGUCUAUGAUACCGCAACCUUUGAAGAACCGUUCGAGCGCUUCCCCGCAGCGAGGCUGGAAUCCUGCGACUCCUUACAUUAUACUGGCGUUGUUGGUGGGUAGCCAGGCUAUCCAGGUGAUUUGGCUGAAGCAAGAAAGAGGGCAUUAUCUCAGACAUGCCGAUGCCAAGAUUGGGCUGCUGAGGGAGAUUAUUGAAAGAGUGCAAAGAGGCGAGAAGGUGGAUGUCGAGACAGCUCUGGGGACUGGUGAUGCUGGUGAGGAGGCCGAGUGGGCGCAAGUUUUGCGAAACAUUGAGCAAGAGGAGAGACUGUACACUCCGAAGAGGGCGAGACUCGCUGCGAAGCAGUCCGCAGCCGAACAAGCUGCAGCAGCGGAGGCGGAAGCUGCAUCGGCGCCAAAGGACAAGAGCGAUGUUGAUGCGGCGCAGGGUGGGAAUGUGAAGGUGGAAGUGGUGGAUGGCGCCAAAUUUUACUGAAGAGAAGGAGAUCUGUUUUGAAGCUAUUUGACGAUAUAUCCUCUUUAUCCUCCGCCCACGACC